GCAUGGAGGAGCAGAGCUGGAGCCCGCAGAGUUCCAGCCAAGCCUCGGAGUGAUCUCCCCUCACUGAGAGUCCCACUCGCCCUCCUGCUCCACCAUGAAGCUCUGGCUUCUCCUCUGCCUGCUGCUGCUUUGGAAUGAGCUCCAGAAGGGCGUGUGCCAGCAAGCCAAGCGAAGAAAGGACAGCGGCGAGAACCGCAUCAGGCCGGGCGGCAAACGGGUCAAGCUGCGCCAACCCAAGCUGAAGGAGGGCGGCGGGAGAGGUCCGUCGCUGCUGACCCAGGUCCUGGAGAAGGGCAGCUUCCUCCGACUGGGGGCCAGCGCCACUCUGAGUCCGGGGAAGAACCUGGAGCUGAGAUGUAAGGGGAGCAAGAUCGGGUGGUCUUACCCCGCCUACCUGGACACCUUCAACGACUCGCGGCUGAGCAUCCGGCAGAGUGACAAGUACGGUCAGCUGGUCCUGACGUCGCCCUCUGCUGCUGACAGCGGGCCCUACAGCUGCUGGGUGAUCCUGUGUGACGGGGCGGAGUGCGCCAAAGACCACCAGCAGGCCUACGUCACCUACAUCUACUUUAAAGACAAGGACAACCUCUUCGUUCCGUCUGCCAUCCACUUCGAGAUCAUCUACCUGCGACCCGACAAGCCUGCCACCGUUCCGUGCCGAGUGACCGACCCUCUGGCCAAGGUCACCCUGCACCGAGAGGUCCCACCCGAGGAGCUGCCCUCCAACGGGACGGAGGUGACCUAUGACCCUAUGAAAGGAUUCAUCCUGAAGAGCCCCAGCUCCAGGCAGCAGGGGGUCUUCUACUGCAAGGCGGUGACCAGAGGAACCCCCCAGAUCUCCACCAAGUUCCAGCUCCUCUACGUGGAGGUUCCCAGCAGCCCGCCAUUCGUCAGCAUGGAAGCCCCCAGUCGGGUGAACGGAGCCGACAACAUCAACGUCACCUGCAAAGCUGUGGGCGAGCCCGAGGGAGAGGUGACCUUCACCUGGUCCUACCCUGGUCAGGGGAGUCGCCCGGUCCACAUCCAAACCACCUGGCGGCUGGUCAGCAGAGGGAGGGGUCACCUUAUACGGAUCACCCAAAGCAUCCUCAGAGUGGAGGACAUGGAGACCAUCGACUUCGGGAGCUACGCCUGCAGAGCCAGGAACCAGCACGGGGAGACCAUUAUGACCACCAGAGUCAGCCCCAUGUAACUCCGCUCCCGAAUCUUGGUUAUUUUGGAAUCCUGUUUCAGCCCUCUGUAGAAGCCAACAAUAAAUA